CGGGCAAGUGUAGCGGACAGAAGGUAAAGUGAUCGAGAGAGAUUCCCCGGUGCCGGGGCGCCGAUCGUCUCAGGUGAGGCCCGCCGCUGUCUGUCUCCCUACGCCGGGCAAGUAUCGCAGUUCUCAGUAGUUUUUAAAGUGAAACAUACCUAAAGCUCACACCUUUAAGCACGACGAUGAGGGUUUUGUUUGAUUCUGAUGGGUGGAUAUGGAUGAUCAGGGAGUGGGAGGACUAGUCACUCAUUCGGGCAGCCUCAGGUGGAAUAUCAGGGGCUUCUCUCGGUUGGUUGAGGACAAGUACUGGUCGGAGACGUUCACCGUUAAUGGAUGUAAAUGGCGGAUUCUAAUUUAUCCAAAGGGGAAUAAGGUGCACGGGCAUUUGUCAUUGUACCUGGAGGUUGCAGAGCCGGAGAGACUACCAGUAGGAUGGAGAAUCGAGGCCAAAGUUUGUUUAGCAAUAAUCAAUCAGUAUGUUCCUUCUCUUUCGGCGAUAAGGGUUACACCAUUCCAUGUUUUCUUGGCCGAAGAGAAGGAUUGGGGUCUCAAAGCUUUCAAGAGCUUGGACGAGGUUACUGACUGCUCUAGAGGUUUGCUUGUUAAUGAUACUAUUACUGUCGAAGCCAAGGUUGACAUCUACAAGGUUCAUCUUCCCAGAGUGGCUCGACACUUUACCGAAACGAGUAAAUUCGACUCUUAUUUUACCCAGCUGGGGCAAUUUGUUAAAUUAGCCUCUGAUCCUGUUCUGAAUGUGGAACAAAGUUCCAGAAAACAGUCAGCCAACUUGACUCUUGAGGGACCAAGCAAAGAAGAGGUUAAGAAGGCAAAGCAAUCUCUCAGGGAAUGUCUUCAGGGCGCCUUCAAAAUAGACAUUAAAUCUAAACUAUAUGCAGCACUCUCAACAUUGAGUCGUGCUGAAGAAAAUUUAUCUUCUGAGCAGAAGAUGUUGAUUAGAUCAGUAUUUGUUGACUUUGACAAUUUCAUUGGAGGAUUCAUUACCUUUGAGAAUGACAGGUCAAAAUUGGAGCUGCAUAAGUUGAGGACUGAACAGUUGUUAUCUGAUUUGAAGCAGAAAAAUGAGACCCAUGCCUGGUAUAAGGAGUCGUUGGAGAACCUCACCGGGGAAGAAGAGGAGCUCGAAAUGAGACUAGAGGAGCUGAGGUCCAAGAGAACAAAACUCAUCUCGGAUUGGGGAGCACUGAUGAGUGAGUCGGAGGAGGUGAAAUCUAGUUAUGUCGCUGAGCAGAAGAAAAUAAUAGAGGUUGAGGAGCAGAUGAAGAAAUCCGAGGAAGGACGGGCUAGAUCUGACACUACGUGGGCGAGACUGAAGGACCUCCUUUCUUAAAUGUCUUGGCUGGGGAUUAUUCCAGUACGAAGCCGUGAACCGGAUCAAGAACAUCACUUUUGCAUUUCCAGAUUUUGAAUGGCUUCCUAAACUCAUCAUCUGCCUUUAGUUUUCUUUUCAAUUUGCCAUGUUCUUUGGAGUAUGCUUUACUCAGUACUGGAUGAAGUGUUCCAAAGGUUUGUGCUAGGAUUUUAUGUCCAAAGUAUUUUAUGUUUAUAUAUAAUGCAGGGUUUUUUUUUUUUUUU